AUGCAGAUAAACCUGUUGGUGUUUUUGGUCUGGUGUCUGUCUCUAGCUGAUACUGCUUCAGCUGUGCCCUUUAAUCUAUUCAAGCCUACCAGAUGGCAUACUAACUGGGUACAUCUUUCCUCUUCUGCAUGCUUGAAGGAUGUAAAAGAUCAUCAAUGGGCGUUCGAACUCGAGACUCUUGCUUCGACUCACGGAUCUUUCCUUUUGCAACGUCGGAGUUUGAGAGCCGCAUGCCUAUACGAACCUGCAAUGGAAACCUGGGUAUCAUGCGCACGUGACAUGCUAAGGAAGAAAGGUAAGUAUCCAAAAUCAGAAGACGAUAUUAAGCUCCUGGAUGUUAUAGCUGAAAGGGUCAAUUCAGCUUGUGAGCAAAAUUGGGGUGGUAAAAAUCCAAUAUCACCUCUAACUGGUGGAGAUAUCUUGGUAAAGAUUGAAAACGCGACGUCGCAUAUACAACCAUUUCCUAAAAGUGAAAAGACAACUCUAUAUGCUCCAAUCAACGGUUUAGAAUCCAAACUCAAUUAUUUAUUGAUGGCCUAUUAUGGGCCAGUGCAUAAUCUUGAUUUCAGUACCAUUGGUGGGUUCAUUCUAUGUGGUUAUUGGAUUUUGGUCUUAUGUAUUGCUGCCAUCUACAAAUUAUUACUUCGGUACCCUCGCUCAAGAGAUUGGAUGAAAUCAAAAUUCUUCACCAUUGUUGAUGGCCGUAUCGUUAUACCUGCUUUAUUGCAUAACCAUUCCACCCCUAUUGGAUGGCCAUUCUAUUUUGGUAUGAUCCCGACUAGAUUGGAGACGUUAGCCAUUUUGGGGUAUACUAUUUUGCAUACUGUGCUUUUGUCAGUCAGAUACUUUUACGAUGUAUAUUAUCUAGUCGGUGAUCCUCGUGUUCAAAAAGUUUUAUUUAUCACUGAUCGUGCGGGUAUCUAUGCAUUCGCUCAAUUGCCCGUAUUGUUUUUGUUUGGUGGAAGGAAUCAAAUCCUUGAGAUGAUGACUGGUGUUAAGUUUAGAUCUUUUGUCACAUACCAUAAGUGGAUUGGCAGAUUUAUGUUCUGGGACUCCAUGAUUCAUUCGAUCGGUUACACUUACCAUGCAUUUAUGGAAGACUACUGGAAAUAUGCUAAAAACAGCGCCACUUUCCAAUCUGGGAGGUUCGCAAUGUGGUACAUUGGUGGUAUUAUCCUUUUCUCGUUCUUUUUCUUCAGAAAUCAUUAUUACGAAUUCUUCCUACUCAGUCACAUUCUACUUGUAUCUUUGGUCUUGGUAUUUUUAUGGAAACAUUGUGCUCAAAUCGGUUGGAACGAAUUCCUUGCAGUCACCAUCGUGUUUUGGGUUCUGGAUAGACUAUUCAGAUUGUUCAAAAUUUUCAGAUUUGGGUCACAACGUGCAACUUUGCAAUUGUUCCAUGAUAAGUACAUCAGAUUAUCAAUCCCCAUCACCGCGAACAACUGGCAUGCCAAACCAGGUCAAUAUUGUUACAUCCACUUUAUUACUCCAACCCUUUUCUGGCAAGCGCAUCCAUUUUCUGUCAUGGAUUCCUUAGUACAUGGCAACAAUCUUGUCAUUGUAUUAGCGGUAAAAGAAGGUAUUACUAGAAGGUUAAGUGAGUAUAUUCCUUACAACGGCAAAGUAGAAAUGCGUGUUGCCGUUGAAGGUCCAUAUGGCGAACCGCUUGAAGGUGGAUUAUGGAAUAACGCUUUGUUAAUAGCCGGCGGUACUGGUGUACCAUCCUCCCUUGCAUUUAUUGUCAAAACAUUAGAACAUGAUGUUGAUUUAAGACAAACUUCCAUCAAACUAAUUUGGUCCUUAAGAGAUCUAUCAAUUUUGGACUGCUAUAUUCAGGAACUAAGAGUCCUCAAAGCAAAUGAUGUCGACUUACAGAUCCAUUACACCGGUGAACAAGAACUACGCUCUAUAAAGUCUAUGCACGAAAACUCGGAAGAAGACUACGAGGGUCUUCAAUUGUUAAGCUCGGAUAUUCCUUAUUAUGGCCAAAUAAUCCGAAGAAGACCAGAUAUUCCAGAACUAUUUGAAGAAUUCCUAGAGAUCACUGACGAGCUACUAGUAGUGACAUGCGGCUCGGGUCCAUUCGUAGAUAAGGUCAGAGAAAUUUCUGCCAGGAAAACUCUCGAACAUCCUCACAAGUUGAUCAACUAUAUUGAAGAUCUGCAGGUCUGGUGA